CGCGGUUCAAGCGGCCACCGUCCACCGUCCACGUCACGGCGCCUCGGUGAUGUCACGGCCGCGUUUAAAAACACGACGACGACGCCGAGACGCGGGCAGGCGGGCGGGCGCGCGAGCCGCCCCGAGCCGCCUCGAGGGAAACACGCGCGGCCCACGGCAGCGGGCGAGACCGCAUCGUCGCCCCGAGCCGAGUGCGGACGACGCGACGCAGAGGAGGAGGAGCAGUAGCCCGUGUGCCUCGCCUGCUCAGGGCGGCAGCAUGGUGCAGCUGAGCAAGCGGCGGCAGUCGGACCCUCAGGUCGUCCAGCAACUAUGGAAGGCCAUCGAGGUGAUUCGCAACCAGAAGCAGAUCGCCAACCUCGACAGAAUCUCCAAGUACGUGUUGGCGUGCGCUGCUGUGCCGAUGGGGUUGGGUUUCCUCGUCUCCAGAUCCACCGUUGGGCAUUCAUCACAAACAAAAGCAAGCACAUCAGCGUUCUACGUGGAACAACAGGAGAGCGAGUCGAGGAUGGCCAGUGGAUGGGGCCGUGCUGCCGGCCGAGGGUUAGAAGGCUUCGACACUCCAGGCGGGCACAAGGCCAGGCACGUGGCACGCAUUUACAGCAUGCAUCCCAAGGAGACGUCUCGUCAGCUGGGACUGGCUGUGAAGGAUGGCCUGAUCGUGGAGACGAUGACUGUCGGCUGUAAGGGCUCCAAGCUGGGCAUUGAGCAGGAAGGAUAUUGGCUUCCUGGGGAGGAUAAUCCCGAAGAGGAGGAGACGAGCGACUGGUACUGCUUUGAGUGCCACCAAGCUGGCGAGGUGCUUGCGUGCGAGAGCUGCUUCCGCGUGUAUCACCCGCGCUGCGUCCCGAGCGAGAUGGUGCCCGGCGAUGCCGACACGCGCUGGGCCUGCCCCAUCUGCCAGAGUUUCAAGCAGCGGAAUUGGCCCAAACAGGAGCUCUGCACUUAUCUCAAGUUUGUGGUACAGCGCAUGAAGGAGAAGUCCUCAGACAUCCACCAGAAGUCCCCAGACAUUUACAAGAAGGUGAACGCCACAGGCCACCCGCUGUACAGGCGGCUUGUGCACACGCCGAUGGACCUGUGCUCCAUUCAGAAGAAUGUGGAGUUAUGCAAGUAUCGGACGGUGGAUGAGUUCCUGAGUCAUGCACAGCUCUUGCUGCAUAACGCCGUGCUCUUCUUUGGAGAAAUAAGUCCUCAGGCUGAAGUGUCCAAAAUUCUCUACCGGGACACAAAGCAUGAGGUGGAUGAGCUGCUGCUGUGCAAGACCUGUUUUUAUAUGUCCAAUGCCCGGCCGGAGAACUGGUUCUGCUACCCAUGCAAUCCGCCGCACAAGCUUGUGUGGGCGCGCAUGAAAGGCUACGGCUGCUGGCCGGCCAAGGUGAUGCAGCAUGUCGACGACCGGGUUGAUGUGCGCUUCUUUGGGCACAACCACCAGCGGGCGUGGAUCCAGGAGGAGUUCGUGCGCGACAUCUCGGCCGGCAUACAUGAGCUCGUGAUCAAGCGCAGUUCCGGCUGGAGCAAAGCGCGCGCGGAGCUGGAGCGGUACCAGGAGUUUGUGCGCGGCGGCAAGGUGUGGAAGCUGGGCGAUGGCGAGCAGCGCUCCUCCGACGACGUGGAAGUUGGCAUCUCCUCAUCCUCCAUUCCCUCCAUCUCGUCCACCAGCUCUGAGCAGUGCUCCAAGCUAAGGUGUAAAGUCAUGCUGUACAACCUGUCUUGCAUUCAGGCAAGGCUGCAGCAUGAACCUAAAGCUAAGAAGCCAAAACUUGCCAAGUAUGACUCCAACUGCAAAGAGCGCCCCUGCGCGCCGCGUCAGAAGUGUGAGGAGGCGGAGGUGGAGAUGGAGUGCGUGAGCUCCAGCCAGGAGGUGCCACAGGCCGCGCCUCCCAUUGAACGCCUCUCGGUGGGCACGCAGACGCGUAGGGCCGGUAGCAGCGGCGGCACCAAGACGCUGCACCGCGGCACGCAGACCAGCUCGGACUCGCCCUGCCACAACAUGUGCCAUGAGAAGUACAGCAAGAUCUUUAACGAGUUCAAGGAGCGCAUGGAGGGCGACCACAAGCGUGACACCGAGCGGCUCGUCCGGGAGGCCCUCGAGAAGCUGCGCAGUGAGCUGGAUGAGGACAAACGGGCAGCGGUGACCAAGGCUGUGGCGAACCUGCAGGCGGAGAUGGACAAGAAGUGCAAGCAGGUGAAGGAGAAGUGUAAGGAGGAGUUUUUGGAGGAGAUUAAGAAGCUGGCCACGCAGCACAAGCAGAUGAUUUCGCACACCAAGAAGAAGCAGUGGUGCUACAACUGUGAGGAGGAGGCCAUGUACCACUGCUGCUGGAACACGUCAUAUUGCUCCAUCAAAUGCCAGCAGGAGCACUGGCACUCAGAACACAAACGCACUUGCCGUCGCAAACGUAGAGACUAAACUAGCCAAACAGGAGCCUCUCCAUUGCUCAUGCCACCAUUCCCUUACCCAUGUUUUAAUAAUCACAACUUGGGUGGAGGCUUUUCCAAACAAAUAUACCUUCCUUAAAAAUAUUUAAACUGCACCCACACCAACAUUCAUCCUUGACAAAUACACAUUUUAAAAAAAUAGUCUUGUAAGACCUCCUAAGAACUAAAUAUCCAUAAGGGAUGAUUUUGGGGGUUUCGUUUUUAUUCAAUUUUAAGGAGUUUAAAGGAGCUAAACAGUGAGUUUUAGUACACACGUUAAACUCGGUUUUCAUAGUUGGUCAUGGACACUCUCCGAUUGGAUGCAAUUGAACACUGUCAUGGGAACCAACUGAAUAUUCAAUUAAUUAUGAAUUAUGAUUUUAGUUCCAGUAGGGGCUCUUCAGAGGGGGGGGGGGGAGCCUCGAUUGCAUCAAAUGACCUCUGCUACCAUUUCCUCAGUGAUAUGUAUAACCAAACCAAGUCAGAGAGGGGCAGGUAACAAAUACUGCAUCUGUGAGUAAAAUACGGUCUAACAGGACCGAAUCAACGAAUAACAAUGGCAAACACAACCCAGGAAUUAAAAGCACAACUGUGCAAUUAACUAACCGAUUCUCACACAUGCAAACUCAUUAUCCUAAUUUUUCAAGAAUUAGCCUUUUUACUGGGAUGGAGGGACGGAUGCAGAGUGUAUCAUAACAAACUAUAAAAAAACUGGGUUUCUCUUCAUAUUUUGGUCACAAACACAAGCUGAUGGGUUACAAUUGAAUCAUUACCAUUGAGUUCCCUGACUGCUUUUUCACUGGAAUAGUGUUCCAAUGUCUGUGUUCGAAACAUAUACUGGUGACCAGUCAUGAAAACCAGAUUUUAUGCAAGUACUAAAAUCGCUUUUUCUUGGGUUCCUGUUCAAUCAUAACCAACGUAUGAAGAAUUUAAACUAAUCUAAUAACAAGUGGGAUUAUAUAAUUUGAUUUUAUUGAAAGGGCACAUUUUGCUCUUUGCAAACUGAUUUUAUUUUGAAAGCCAAAGGGAAUUUUAUAUCAGUGCUUCAGAUAAAGGUUAUGUUCCAUUUUAUUCCACUGAAUUUAGUUUUUUUUUGACCCACAGCUUAAAAUUAAUUGCAUUACAGAUUCCAUAGAUGGAGCAAAAAUAUCGUUCCAAAGCACAGCACACUGCAUAACACCUUGGCUUUUUAAAAAAAUAUUUAAAAUUAAACAAAAAAUGUGUUUUAUAUUUCAUAUCCCCCCCCCCCCCCCCGCAUCUUAUGGAUUUAGGGUUGGGAUGAUAUCACUGCUCCUAGUGCAUAUACAGUCUGUCAACCAGAAUUUUGGGUUGGAAAAGUAAAUCUGUGAAAUGCACUUUUGCUGGGCCCUAUUUAAUGUCUUUAUCCUUUUCGCACUUAGUUUUGAUAUGAACAUCAUUCUCUUGUGUUCCACCAGCCUGUCCGAUGAUAAGACUUUUAUUUUUUUGCCUAUGUGCAUUCCCAACUUGCAAUGAUGAAACGCUUAAUCAAGCACACAAUUGUGGCAAUUUCUCGAUUGACCAAAAGACUUUACUGCGUCAACUAGGUUUUUUAAUCGAUUAUUUUCUUUCGAUAAUCGUUUUCAGAAUCAUGGAUUGCAAAUUUUUGAAUCAAUCAUCAAUUUGUUCCAUUUUUAGUAACGAUUUUAUCGAUUUGGUGCACGUGAGCAUUUAAACUGCACGGUGCGUUCAAAUGCGGUUGGCCACGGCCAGCAAUCAGCUGCAGGGUUCUCAUAAGUCUCUCUGGGGUACAGAUGUGUGGCAAUCCGAAAAUCAAUAUUUUAUUACAAUCUUUUAUGUGCAUGCAUAAUGUGCAUGCAAUUAUCCAUAAUGCUCAGAAACCGAAACAACCUUAGGGAGAACCCACUAGGAUUUCAAGUCUCUUCUUUGGGGUUCUCUGUAUUCAACAAGUGAUAUCACUACACUGUGAUACAGGCUUAACAUUCAAAGCUAAUAGUAAAUAACAAGUAGAAAACGAAAUUGUAGUGAACCAAAAGUAAGCCAGUCCUGUUCUUGAGGGUUUAUUUGUGCACAAACAAGGUUAUUUUUGGUGGUACGGCAGAGUAAUGCUAUCACUGCGUGAUUUAACAAAAAAAUAUUGAUUAAACGAUUGGGAGCCAGAGCUAUUUUGUUGGACACUUACCAGCAUUGCUUGUAUGUGCAGUAGACAAGCCAAUGACGCAUUUCAUGAAGGUGAUAGGCCAGCAUUCUGAUGCCAUGACUUUGUAAUACUACAAAAAAAUACAGUCACGUGCUCUGGUGAAGUUAUCCCUUGUGUAAAGUUUUAACCAAGUUUUAUAUACAUUUUAUAGCAACCUGUUUCAAUAUUUGACAUCUGUACAUAUAAAUGUGUUAAGUCAGUUUUGUGUCCAGAUCUCUGAAGUGAAUACAUUUGCAUGGGUGAUGGUCCCUUUAGUAUUAAGUGUGAAUAUAUGUGUAUUAUAUUGAACUCCUAUGUUUAAUAUUUUUCACCAGCAGUGCUUUAACAUAUGUCUAUUACUAAUAUGUAUCUUUUUCCUUUUUUUUAUUUUAACCUUUACAUGCUCAGCUUUGUUUUUAACAUUUAUUGCACUAUGCAUAGACAUUUGAGCCUCAGGCAUAAUUGAUUAACUUGUCUUGAAUAGAUUAAUGCUCCAAAAGGUGACUAAUUUAGCGGCUGCCACGCCACUCGAGUUUGACAAUCUUUGGCCUUCCCAUGCCAGUGCCUCCUCAACACUUGACAGGUGGGAGCUCACCCCUCCCCAUAGGAGGGGUGGUGACCCCCUCACCUCUGGUCCAGAGGGGGAGGGACAGGAGUUCCCGUACCUCUGAUCACACACCCCCAGGCAUCCAUUUUCCAUUGUCUUUAGUUGUAUAGUUGUAUGGGCUGGUGCCCAGAGUUCUGAUUAGCUUCCGUGCAUUUAGUGUAGUUGGUUGGCGUUAGUACCAGGAAAAGUUGUCUUGGGACAGGUAGCCUCUUCCCAAGGGGAAUGCGGAUUUUAUCUGCAGCAUGCUGGCCAUACUGGACAAGUCGAGGACUGCCGGCAGAUGGAAUUGGCUGGGCAUUGUGUAUGCUGGUCUGCAAGAUAUGGCCGCACAUGUGGUUAGGUGAGGAGAGACGUGGUGGAAGCUGCUGACAAAAAGGACAAAGGGAAAAAGCCAACACUGCAGGAUGAGACCUUUUUAUACUCAGGACAAGAUGGCCAAGAUGUUUUUUGGAGGCCACCACGCUGAUAGCCAGCCACGACCUUUGUGGAGGUCAAGGCUCCAUAUGCAGGCCUCUUAGUGGCGCCUCUAGUGGCAGUGGGAUCUUGUCAGCAGUUGUAUGGACCAGUUAAUAGCUCUCCCUAAUCCAAAGCUUCACGGGACCUCCACGAGUUAACCUGGGGGGGAAAUUACUGUGUGCGAAAGCCUUUAAGUUUCUUGGAAUAUGGUUGGUAAAGACCGAUGCCAGCCUUGUUGGCUGUUCCACCAGGAUAGCUCCGUUCCACCAAAAAGUCACACGUGUUGGAAUUGACCAGAGGUGAGGGGGGGCCCCCACCUACCAAAUGCUUUUAUAUAUUCCCAAGGUUUUGGCGCUGGCACGGGAAGGAGUUUUAAAGAUGAUCAACCCGGUAUGGGGUGGCGGCCACCUGUUAAAACCCGGGCUUAACGUGAGUACUGAAGCCCUGUAUAUAAAUUAAGCUUUCAGCUGCUGUGCUUUAGGAAGAGGGACCACAGAGCGAGUGUAUGGGCUUAAGGGCACCAACAUCAAAAUCGCCUCUUACCAUUGCAAUCUGCUUUUAAUAAUCUUGACGUGAUGACGGGUAUCAUCCCAACCCUGUUUUUAAAUAUAAAACUUAGUUAACCUUACUAAUGGCUCAAAUGCUCUGAUAAGACUCCUUACCACUCUUGUUUAAGCAGCAACUUGCUUCCCUUGUCUGAAAAUGAGCAGCGACUGAUUAUUUCGCACACGUGAAAUAACGUUGAUGAACAGCAGCAGAGGCAUUCCUGCAGCUUUUGUUUUAUUGUACGAACGCAUGUAUAUAAUUACUGUAUAUUCAAAUAUGCUAUUGGGCACGCCGCGAGAUAAACUACUUCGCAGGGCAUGAUUUUGCCGACUGCAGAUUUUCCCUGCACCUGUGUUAAAGGUUUUGAGAAAGAUGUGCAAGUGUUGGUGAUGAGCCGCAGUGGCCCACACGUGUAGGGUUGUGGGUGUGAAUAGAUCAUAACGGUGCCACGGAGUGUUCAGACUUUGUGAUGAGCAUUAACUUGGGUUGCCCUUUAAUGCUGCCCAGGGAUGAUGAGGUCAUCUGACAGGCAUUGCCCCCCCCCCCCUUUUGACGUGAGAACUUGUAAAAUAUCUGCUGCCGUUUUGGCCCAGAGAAAGGCACGCUUGUAACAACUACAAUUACACCUAUAACAGUUUUAAUGAUCCUAAAUGUAUCAAUGCCAUUGUGGAGAAAUAUUUUCUUUUAUAGUGUUUGUUUUUUUGUAAUGCUUACAAUGAAAGCAAAGUUGGUCGUGGCACCUGGGUAGAUUGGUGUUCCUUGGUUUUGCUUGAUUAAAUAACUCGUUUUCACAAGCAUGGUCCUCAGGUUGUCGCCCAUGACAAUAAAAACAAUACAACAAUUUUACACCAUGCAAAAGGACGUGUGAUAUUUUUUUGUACUUUACCACCAAAUAGAGCUUACUGCGGAGCUCUAGUGAAAACAAACUUUUAUUCACAUUACCCUCCGAACCAUUCCUCAUUCACUGCCUCCAAACCGUCCUGAAUGGAGAGUGUAUAAGUUAAUGUAUUUUCUUGCUUUUAUUUUAACACCAUCGUAUGUUAUUUUGGAGUAAAAAAACAUUUAACCCAGCUUUGUAAAUGCUAUGUAUUGAUAAACUUCCAGCUGUAUUUAAUAAAAGCUUUAUCGUGCGAUUGCAAUAUUUUCGCUCCAUAAAGCAGAUAAGUGUGUGAUGUGCGCAUCUGAGCUACCCCAUCGUAGUUGUGUCGUAAGGCAUGCGUUCAUCAGUCCUCUGCCCUUUCCUGCCAGUCGCGGUAGGAAGGUUCAACAUUUUAAGGAGAAAGCUUCGCAAGUGUAAGAUAAAUGUACCUGCUUUUGCUCCACUGGUUUGUUUUUCAAUUAAGCCAAGUUGAUUGCACUUCCCAAUAAAGGUCGCUUGUUUUUG